CCUGAGCUAGAGAUGGAAAGUAGAGUUGUGGGCGUGAAUAACAACAACAAUGAAAACACAGCAACUUGCACCAUUACCAUUAAGGGUUUUAUUAGCCUUCUAAUGGAAACCAUUGAUGAGAAUGGUGGUGAUAGCAAGAGAGUUAUUUCUCUGGGUAUGGGUGACCCAACUCUCACCAGUUACUUUCCCAUCUCCAACGUUGCUGAAGAAGCUGUUUCUGAAGCACUUAGGUCACACAAGUUUCGUGGCUAUGCUCCCACUGCUGGUCUUCUCCAAGCCAGGAUUGCAAUUGCUGAAUAUCUAUCUCGUGACCUUCCUUACCAACUAUCAAGUGAUGAUGUUUUCAUCACUUGUGGAUGCACACAAGCCAUUGAUGUUUCAGUGGCCAUGCUUGCUCGCCCUGGUGCAAACAUCUUGCUUCCAAGACCAGGCUUUGCAAUCUAUGAACUCAGUGCUGCAUUUAGAGGGGUUGAAGUGAGGCAUUAUGAUCUUCUUCCAGAGAAAGGUUGGGAGGUUGAUCUUCAUGCAGUUGAAGCUCUUGCUGAUCACAACACGGUUGCGUUGGUGAUCAUAAACCCUGGAAGUCCUUGUGGGAAUGUGUACAGCUAUCAUCAUUUGGAGAAGAUUGCUGAAACUGCAAAAAGGGUUGGAACAAUUGUGAUUUCUGAUGAAGUUUAUGGUCACCUUGCCUUUGGGGGAAAGCCUUUUGCGCCAAUGGGAGUUUUUGGCUCUGUUGUUCCUGUUCUCACUCUUGGCUCUCUCUCUAAGAGAUGGAUAGUUCCUGGUUGGAGGCUUGGGUGGUUUGUCACAAAUGAUCCAUCUGGCACUUUUAGAAAUCCAAAGGUAGUUGAGCGCAUUAAAAAGUACUUUGAUCUUUUGGGAGGUCCAGCCACUUUCAUCCAGGCAGCUGUACCUCGAAUAAUUGCACAAACCGAAGAGAUUUUCUUCAAGAAAACCAUUGAUAAUUUGAGGCAUGCUGCAGAUAUAUGUUGUAAAGAGAUAGAGGAAAUUCCAUGCAUUUUUUGCCCUUACAAACCAGAAGGGUCCAUGGCUUUGAUGGUGAAACUAAACCUUUCACUUUUGGAAGGGAUUAGUGAUGACAUAGAUUUCUGUUUCAAGCUCGCUAAGGAGGAAUCUGUUAUUAUUCUUCCAGGAACUGCAGUAGGGCUGAAAAAUUGGCUUCGUAUUAUUUUUGCUGUUGACCCAUCUGAUCUUGAGGAGGGUAUGAAAAGGGUAAAAUAUUUCUGUCAAAGGCAUGCAAGAAAAUUUUCCAAAGACUAGUCAAUUCACAGAUAAAAGGAGAGUAAUAAUUUCUGUACACUCAUAUGAUAUAUGAUAUAUACUCAGUGAAAAAGGUAUAUAAACAUGAUAGAUUAUAUGAUAUAAUAAGAAAAACAGAUAAAGAGAAAUAAUAAGUAUUGUGAAUAAUAAUUAUUAACAUAAAUGGUUGAAUAGUUGUAUUGGUUACCAAAAGAUCAGAAUUUGAUGAUUAACUUAUGUAAAUUAUCAAAUCAAAAGUA